AUGCGUAAUGCAUGUUUCGUAGGUGGAAAAGCCGAAAAAACAAUGUGCAAAACAUGUUUUGUGAAAAAGGACGAAAUCAAAGCCGAAAAAAACAUUGUUUUCGUAGGUGAAGAUAGUAAAGUAACUCCAGAAUCACCAAAUAAGAAAAUAAAAGUUGGUCAAAAAAAAAGAAUUCUGGAUGCUAACGGAAACAAAUGCAGAACCUAUUAUGUUAAUGAUGGUUCAACUGGAAAUGCUAUCAACCACUUAUUGAAUGAUCAUGAAAUAACUAAUGAGGGCAAAAAAAUCAAGUCAAAUGCUAAAGAUACAUUAAAAUACCUUCAAUUGGAUAAAAUUUUGCAAAAUACUCUUUCAAGUAAUACAGAUUCAGAUUCAAAGAGAGAUGCGAAAAGAUUAAAGCAGAUAAUGAUUUCAGACCAUGAAUGGGAUCUUCUUACCGAUUUAACAGAAAUUUUAUCAACAUUUGCAAAUGUAACAGAAGAUCUAGGUGAAAGUAAUUAUGUUACAGAUAGUAUAUGUGCCCUAAUGUUAGUAGAAAUUAUUAAAACGCUUAGAAUUGAAUCAACUAAUUUAUCAGAUGAUCAAGACUUUAAUAUUGAUGAACAAAAGGAUAAUGUAUUUGAAAACAAUGAAGAACAAAAUCCUAUGCUAAAUUAUGAUAUUAAUGAGCCUAUUAGUACUUUUGGUUUACUUAGAAAAUAUGAUAUAGAAAUAUGA